AAACAGCGUCGAUAUUUCGACACCAUGCCUCCUUCACCUUGGUGCCAGCAAGACUUACUAUCUGCCUCAACAAACUGCCAUGAAUCCAGAUUCCUUUUCAUACUUUGCCAAAAUUCUAAAUGCUGAGAUGUGUUAAUCAGUAGUCUUCUAUAAAAGAGGAGCUAUCUGGUUGGCAGCAGGGCAGCAUCUUCAACGUUACUAUAGCAACGUCAUGCAGGUCGCCAGACUUUUAUUUGGGGGACGAGAAUGCAAUUAAAUUCUUUUUAUUAUUUCGUAUCAGACAAAAGUGUACGUUGGAUAAUUAUGUCUCUCUUUGCUUUUCAAAUAAAAGAAGAAUCUGGUGACAAUAAAGAAUAUAUUACAUUCGAAUCAAUUAUCAAAGUAGAACCAUGUGACAAUAUAGAAGACACUACACUUCUACCUAUUGUAAAACAAGAUCCUGAUGAUGAAGCAGAGGUACAAAUUUGGAAUUUCAGAGAAAACGCUGAGCGUUGCUUCUUGAAGAGAGAAGUGAAAGAAGAAAAAGAACAUGAUGAUGAUGAUGAUGAUGUAGAGCAGGAUCCAUUUCUAAUGGGCAAUGAAAGUUUUAAUGGCAAGAGCAUUUCAUCUUGUGUUGGAGAAUAUGGCACCUUCACUGAAUCGCACACUCGAGUGGGAAGCUCUUGGGAAAAGUGCAACAGCGCCCGCAACAAAGGAAAAGACCUUACGUCUCACAAUGCAGAAGAGAAACCAAAGCAGAACGCUGAAUACAACAAACAAUCAGAGAACGACACGCGGUUUUCAAGCCCAGAUAACGCCAGACAGGAAGUAAUAGUAAUGGAACAUAUAGCAAUUUUAUCGGAAAGUAUUAUCAAAAUAGAAGACAAAAACAUGGAAGGCUUAUCCAAGAGUUAUUUUAAAGCAUUUAAUCCGAAUGAUAUAGAAUUUAUAAACAAGCUUUUAGAACAUAAUAAUUUAUCAAGUGAUGAUGAAAUCAAAGAAGAGCAAGGAGGCAAUAUAGAAGACUGUAGAUCGAGUUGUGUUUAAGAAUGGUCAGAAAAGAGUAUCAUUAUGAUUGGGGGAGAUAAAAUAAUACUCGUAUAAUUACGAGUUGCGGUGAUGAAACCAUUACCAGCAGCAAUAACGACAUCACCACUACAACCAUGAGAUUCACCACAAUACCACUACAAGCUCCCACCAGCGGAACGAAAUGGGAAGUUCCGGGAACCAGCGCUGGAGAUGGAGCCGGACGUGGAGCAGCCAUCGCCGAACCCUUGAGGUCGGGCUGGUGGUGCAGCGGACGCUAGCGCAGGUGGCGGCGGAGGAGCUGGCGACGAGGUUGAUUGAGCCAAUGCCACAGAGUUGAGUCAGAUGUUGAGUCAGGACGAUAUUUUACAAAUGAGGUUUAUGGAAUGUACUUUGAAUUUAUAAUAAAAGAAAAUAUUUAAUUU